AUGCAGCGCUCCUUGGAACAAAGGAUUGCCAUCAAGUUUUGUGUGAAACUUGGCAAGUCUGCAGUGGAAACUUUUCCCAUGGUAAAGACGGCCUUCGGUGAUGAUUGUUUGUCGGAACACCAGGUCUACCGGUGGCACAAGUCCCUUUUAGAAGGCAGUGAAGAGGUCGGCGAUGAAGCCCGCGCUGGACGGCCAUCAACAAGCACCACUGACGAAAAUGUGACGCGUGUGAGAGAACUUUUGAAUUCAGACCGUCGUUUGAGUAUUCGUUUAAUGGCACAGACAUUAAACAUUCCAAAAAGUACCGUUCACGAGAUUGUGACGAACAAUUUGCAGAUGCGAAAAGUGUGCGCAAAGCUGGUGCCCAAAGUGUUAACGGACGAUCAAAAAUCGCGCAGAGUUGAAACGUGCCAAGAACUUUUGGACUUGUGUGAAAGUGACACUCACUUUUUAGACAAUAUCAACUAA